AAAAAAAUAAAAAGAAAGAGAUCAAAAGAAGUGUAGAGAGAGAGAGAAUGUACCUGAAGAAGGCUAUGUGGAGUGAGGGAAUAUCAGCAGCGGAGAAAGAUUCGACGGAGUCGGAGUCUGACCCACCGUCGACGGAGGUGAAAGACCUCGUCAAUGUCUUGACCCAACAGAGAGUUUACAGGGAAGUCACCCUCGCUCUCCGUAGCGGUCUCAGGGACGCCCGAGCUGAGUUCUCUUUCCUCCGAGUCCGCGGUCUCACAAGGCUCCUCAAGUUUCUCCGAUCUGUGGCUCAAUCCGAUCUCACCAUCAAUCUUUUCUCCCAGACUCAAUCCAUCUCCGAGCUUCAAGUGGUUCCGGUCCUCUUUCAACAUUCAUUGAAUGAGUCUGAAGAUGAGAUUGUAUCAACUUUGGAUCAUAUUUUUGAUGUGGAACCCAUGAAGAUCACUAGUCCUUCUACCGAUUCUGAAGUUUCACUUGCUCUUCGUGUUUUGGAAGGUUGCUGUCUUCUCCAUAAAGAUAGUACUACGUUAGCUCAUCAUUACAAGGCAAUUCAGGUAUUGAUGACCAUAUUAUCAACUAGAGGAGUGCUUGAACAGGGUGCUUGUUUAGAUGCUUUGAUCUCCAUUAUGCUGGAAUCAUCAGCUAAUCAAAUGGAUUUUGAAGCAUGUAAUGGGAUUGAGGAAGUUGCAGAGCUUAUAAUAGACAAACAAGUAGAUGAAAAUCUCAGGUUGAAAUGUGGAGAAUUUUUGUUGCUGCUCAUUGGGCAUGUAAACGGACGAGGGAGGCCUCCAUUGGCAUCCAUACAAGAAGACAUUAGGCGGCUUCUGGGCGAGAACUCUGCCUCCUUGAUAUGGGCAGCCAGUCAAUUUGGCUCUACUCUUGAUCCAGAACAGAGAUUGACUGCACUGCAUAUCCAAGCUCGAAGAGUGCUCGAAUCCUUAGACCUGUACUGAAUUCCUCCUUUAGCUUUUUCUCCUUGUUUUCUGAAAAUUCUUUUCUUCAAUUAUUUAUAUUCAAGUUUCUAGAAUGCCUGAUAAUUGGGGCAUUAGUUAUCAGUAGAAACUCUAAACAUAUAGUAGUACCACACAAUAGUGUCUUUCCUUUUAUUUUGUUUGAUGUAAUCACAAAUCAUUUGUAAAAAGUCCAGUUACAUGUGCAAAUGCAAUAGCAUGUCUCUUUAGAUC